AAUGCGUCAAAAUUAACGUGACGUUAAGCGAACGAAGCCCCUUAAAAAUUCCCUGGUGAUCCUCAGAACGGAGGUUUCGGUGAUCAAGAACUCUUAGAUCAGAGAACGGAGUCGACGAUGAUCGGCUCUCGUGGAAUCGACGACUCGCUGCUGGUCCUCCGGCUCCUUCGACAGUUUUGCGUUCCUAAUGCCUAGCUUCCUCGGACGUUUCCUUGGUAUUUCCAGACGAACCGAACGAUUAAUAAUGAACAUCUUGGGCUUGGUUAAUAGCACACUAGAUUGGAGUCCCAUUAAAUGGAGCAACAAGCUCGAACAAAUUUGGAACUUAUCCUUAUCGCAAGGAACACGUAUUUUCGACAUUAUUGGCGAGGAUACAAUCAAAACUGUUCUAUCAUGGAUCGUAAUCACGCGAAUCGUAAUCGCCCACCUGUACACGUUCUCCUAUAUGAUCAACCUUUAUCCCAUAUUAACAUCAACGCAGCCGAACCUUCUCUUACCUUGGCUAAUCCUUAGCUUUUUUAAAAACGUCGUGUUGGAAGUAAUCGUGAUAGCCGUUGGCCUUCUGCUUUGGUACGACAAGAGAUUCUCCUUGACUAUUUUCUUCGAAUUCGUCCUCGUAAAGGUUGUCCCUCUGAUCAUUUUCAGCUACGUCUGGUAUUCCAAUUCCUGUCUGUUCCUCGAACAGUGUCACAUGGAAAAGAUGCGAAAAUUGAAGAGAAUGAGAAGCGACUCGAACCUAAUCGUCGGUCGUCUGUACAUAAAGUUGGCUGAUUCGAAGUACAGGACGCGGUCUCUGACGACUUUGUUAUCCUGCGAAAGCUACGAGACCUACGAGACGCACGACACCAUCUCGCGGAUCAUCGACGAUCCCAAUUUAACGCCAACCCAGAAAACCAUGAGGAUUCUCGGGCUGACCGAUAAAGACGUAGCCGAUGCGCGUGCCAGGAUCAAAGAAAGGGAAAUUCAUAAAAAGUUGACGGAAUUGGAGGACAAUUCGCUCACAAGCACCACCAAAAAUAUGUCUCGAUACUUCUUCGAUUUCAACUCGCUGAAAGAUUUACAGAAGGUGAAAGACGAACGAACGAAGGAGCGCGAAGAUGAAGUUACGACGGACGAACGUAAGGGGAAUGAAACUCCGAUGGAUGAACGCAGGCAGGAUGAAAUCGUAAUGAAUGCACUCGUGGAGGAGCAAGUCGCGAUAUAUGGAUGCAAGGAGGAUGAAACUACGGUGAUGGAAGAUAAGGACGACGAGCUGAAGACGAGUGGAACUACGGAGGAUAAAGUUACGACGGAUAUCAUUUUGAGCAAUCCAUCUACGUCCUCGAUGAGCGUCCUUCUCGAACAGCCGCUAGAUGAUCGAUCUAUAUGUUCGGAGAAGACAAAUCCAUCGGUGGAGCAACGAAGUUCAUCUGGAAUGAAGAGAGUAGCAGCAGACUGCUUGGAAAGGAGUUGCGCGAAGCAAAUGAAACUGUAUCCAUCGGAACGUGCGGAGGACUCGAAUCAGAGUGACUCUUUAUCGAGAAAACAGGACUCGUCUCAGUCGAAUCUCUCCUUUUCGAAACACGCGAGACAAAGCGUAGAGAAAAGUAGCAGCCCUGUGAAACUGCAAGCUUUGUUCAACUGCAAUUGCAUCGUGGACGAGUAUUUGUACAAAGGGAACGCAGAGCAGUAUUGUUUCACGAACGGCGGCACGAUGGCGACUUCCACCCCUAACAAAAGUAUCGACGAGGGCAACAUGACGAGAAGCGCGGAGAAGAGCGACUUUGAUAGCUCGAAAAGUACGAUCUAUCAUUCGUGCUUGGACGACGCCAGCGACGUUGAUCAGGGUCAGAAUCAAAAGACAGAAACUACGACGAAUAACAGUUUACUUUUGAUACGGGAAUUGUUGCAAAAUGAUCUGAACAUAUUAAGGGAUAUUAAGAAGGACGACCAAAAGUUGGAGAAUGGAAGUUUGGUGUUUGACGAUAAACCCAAGCAGGAUAUUUUAAAGAUUUCGGAGAGCGAAUCGAGCGUCUUUCGGAAAUUGUACGUAGGACAGUGUAACACGUCCAUCGGCAUUCAAAAUUUAUCGGACAUUGUGAAAGAUUUGAGCGUGGCCCGGAACGUGGUGACCAAUUUGGAAACCUUGAGGACGGUCGAAUCUGAUGAAAGUGGAGGCAAAUUGAAGAAUGAAAAUGAAAUAUUAAAGAUUAUGGUUCCUACGUCCGCCAUCGACGACGACGUAAGUUCCGCGCAGAGGAGCAGCUUGAAUCCUGGCAAACCGAAGAAAACCAAGAAAAAUGUAUUAAAAGUAAAUGCACCUGAAUAUUCGUUCGGCGACGCGAAUAUUCCAAGGUUCGUCAAAGACUCCAUGAAGGUUUUCGACGGCUGUUAUGAAAAGGACUUCGCCAAUAACUCGGAGCUGCAGUGUAUGCUUCAGCAAUUGGAGAAGAAGAAAUGGAGCAUAUUCCCUGGUCAGCCUAACCAAAACGUGUCAAUACCAUCUACUUUCUUAAAACAGAACGAUCAACAUUAUCCAUCGUCGGCGUCGCAAGACUUGGGAAUCGUUGGUUUACCUAUUACCCAUUUCGACACGACGAGAAGAUACGAGAUCUCAGCAUCUACUUCCUCCAAGAAAACCGACGAACAUGUCGCUUCUGAAAUCGUGUCAGAGAACAUGCAAUCCCUCGACGAUGGUAUUUCCGUAUUAAGCGAUAUUCAUAAGCCUGGUAUCUCAAGUUUCACGAAGGACGCCCACACGCAAAGUGACAACGACGACCAUCAAGAUCAGCCAAGAACCUCGAAUCUCCGUGAGAAACACAGGAAGAUGUUCUUAAAACGUAAAUGCCUGAAAGAACAAUCGAGAAGCGUUUCUCCGAUCGCGAAUCUUCACGAACGUAAGAUCGAAUCGCAGAACUCGGCUGGAAAAGACCAUGGCAAGCCUCCUAUACGUCAAAAACCGACGAAACUUAACGACAACCAGAGGAAACCAGCUGGAUUAACGAAAUCUGUAUCCGACAGAAGUGUCUGCGAAUGUAAAACGUGCCAGAAGGACAACAAAUAUCCGAUUUCGACAGAAUCGAAGUUGGACAAGAGGGGCGAGAAUAAGAGAUGCACAGCGAAAUGCAAAGUAGAGACUUUCGGCACGAUUCCUUUCUCGCAGGUUGUGCGUCCAUCGAUGUUCGAUUCGAUGGUCUAUCGCAGAAAACCUCCGGUGUACCCUAAAAAGGCCAAGAACGAGCCUCCUGCGCAGCCUGACGCCUCUAGCGUCCCUAAUGCGAAGAAGACGUCGCCGUUUAAGGAACUUUUGGAACCAUCCAAGAGGCCAGCUGAUAAGCAAUCGAGCCACGGUUCGAAGAAAUUCAAAUGGAAGAGGAGAAUGGAGUCACUAGAAGAACAGGAAGCUCGGGAGAUGAAGGCUCUGAAAGCAUACAACGAAGUUACGUUGCUGAAGGACAAGAAGGAAUUGGAAGCUAAGAAGAAGCUGCUUUCAGGAAGAAACUUGACCACGGCUCCUGAAAGCCUAAAGAAUCGAGGUUAUCCGAGGAAGAACAACCUGGAACGUUAUAAGAAAAAUAUUCCUCGAAACGUGGAGACGACGUACAACGACUGCUUCGACAAAGAGAACUUGUUAACAGACGCAACCACGGAAACGGAACCACUGCCGAAUCUUUCAUUUAUGGACAAUAAAAUGCAAUUCGCCGCGCCUGCAAGAUUCUUCGAUGUUCCACAUGAAAAAUACUCCUGUUCGAAGUUGUCCAAUGCUAAUAAGGCCACGGACAAGGUGUUGAAUAACUUUGGUAAAUCACAUGCUGAAUACGUGAAGCAGGACGCGAAGAAGAGCAAGCACUCCCUUGGUGAGACGGACACCAGGAAGCAAUAUACAAAAUACAGUAAACCGAAGAAGCCGAUGGACGAGGAAAACGUUUCGAUAGUUUCGAUGAAGAAGUUGGAAGGUGCGCAAAAAGGUCGCGAUUUGGAGAGGACACCUGCUAAAGAAGAUGUCAGGGGUCUCUUAGAAAUUUCUGCAAAGUCUUCUAACGCGGAUCGAUUGGCUGAACUUGAUUCUCGCGACUCUCAAAGUCGUAUAACUAUCGUCGGAUCUUUCGUUCAGAGCGAUCACGACAAGGUGAUCUCGACUUUUGUGGAUGGCAAAGACUUUGGUGCGCAAGUUGGAGACUUAGCGACGUUGAUUAAGCCUACGGCAACUCAAGAUGCUGCUUCGUCAUGGUCUUCCAGUAUCAUCGAGCGAGAAGAUGAAUCAUAUUUUCAGAAACGAGAUGAUGCAAACACUCAGACGGCCCAACUCGAAGCAACGACGCUCAAACUCGAGAAUUCUAAAGAGAAAGAUGAGACGGCGCUGAAAACCGAAGAUCACGAAGGGGAAGUGAAAUCGGUAUUUGAAGCUGAUAAUGUCGAGAAAGAAAUUGUGCCAGUACCGGAAACGGAGGUCCAGCCAAAGGAAGUUGAACCAACGUUAGAAACGGAAGACCAACGAAAUGAAACUGAGUCGAUACUAAAAGCUGAAGACCAAAAACAGGAAUUUGGGUCGAUAUUAGUAACGGAGGACCACCAAAAGGAAGUUAAACUAGUAUCAGAGACGGAGGGCUAUCAAAAACACUCAAACGAAGCAGAUAAAGAAGAAGAAAUCAAAGAAUCUGCAGCCUCGCACGAUAGUAUUGCAGAAUAUCUUCCAGAAUCUAUCGAUGACGAAAAAGAAAUUCUUCAAACCGAUGAAAUAGCCGAUGAAAUUCAAAGGUAUAGCUCCGAAGUAUCACAGAAUGAACCUGGAAUAACUUCAAGAAGAAUAUUUACGAAUUUAUCGGAUUUCACAAGGAACAUCGACAUGAAUUACGUGGCUGACGGCGUCAUUCUAAGUAAUUCGAACGCCCCGAGAGAAAACAACACUCCUGUAUGGGACAUCGUAGACGAAGAGACCAUUAGAAAGCUGUACGACAUGUUUUCCCAUCGAUCCGUAGACUCCACUUUCAAUUUACCCGGAGGAAUCCAAACAGUGGACGACAUGUUAAAUAACAGACAAUCAGACUCGUCGAUAGACGAUUUUAUUUUUCAAUCAGGUAGAUAUUCGACGAGUCUUUCCAUGUUCGAGCACACCAUCUUAGCUACCAUUCGACCACUUCAAACUUUAGAAGAGGAAGAAGAUCACGCAGGUUCUCUUUACGAUCUAUGUAUCACUACCAUGGAUCAAGAAGGUUUGCCUAUCAGUUUCGAAGUGGAGUCUAUGGAAAAUCUCGAGGACGAAGUCGAACAUGCAGCCACCAAUAGACUUGGGUUAAACGAUGUUGUAAUCCAAGUGACUCGGUUCCUGAGGAACUUGAACUUCUGCGGAUUCAAUCUGGAAAACCUUUCCGGCAUACUGGAAAUUCUUCCCGACCCAGUGGACGAUGACGAGGAUCGGAUAGAAUGCGAGAUCGAUGAAGAGGAUGAAGAAAAGGAUGAAGAGAUGGAAGGAUGGCCGGUAGAAGACAGAAGAAUAUUAAAAUUCAUUAAAGAAGAUUGCUUAAGAUUCAUCAAGGAAGAUAUUUUCACGGACAUAAAGUUUCCCAUUGUAGUCAGAUUAAGCGACGUGAUAGGUGACGAUUUAGCUACCUCUGACGAAGAGCCGGAAGAACUUGACGUAGUGCUUGAACAGGCAGAACCGAGUAAAAUAAAUUUGUUCUCUUUAAUGGAUGACAAAUACGAAGAAGGUAAUGAUAAAAUUGAAGAAACUGGUACGGAGGAAAUGGAGGAAGAGAACGAAGAUGAAGAAGUGACGAGUAGCGAAUAUUUCAAGACAUUGCAGAAGAUUCGAGGAACGAUGUUUACAACAGUAUUUCCUUCAAGGCCAAUCGUGAGCGUCAGCGACUACAACGCUGUUGAAAGUAUGAUAAACGAAGAAAGAAUAACUACUCGUUCGGAGGAUGUAUCUUUAGACGAGAUCGUCACGAAAUUUAUGAGUAAUUUGAAGAAAUACAUACUGAAACGUUCGGAACCGGUGCAAUUCCGCAGCGAAAAUUUAAACCAAACCUACGAAAUAUUGGACAAGACUGACACGGAAGAAGAAAUCAAAGUUGAAGAAAGUAUCGACAGCGAGAAGAUCGAAGGAAGCGACAAAGACGAAGCGAUUGAACAAAUUACUACGAUCGAAGAUGUCGAAGAGGUCGACGAAAAAAUAACGACAAAACAAAAGAAAGUAGAUGUUACGUAUCAAGUUACCGAAGAAGACAUCCUAGAUACAAGAGUCGAGGAAUAUGGAAAUGUAAGUUGGAAAGAAAUCGACAAGGCCGAUCAGAAUAUUCAACCGAUCGAGUUCGAGAGCGAAGUAAAUGAAAAGAUGCAAACAUCGGUUCGCGAAGAAACGUUCGAACGCGACGAAGACGAGUCUCUUGAAAAAAUAAAAUCGAAUAAGAUCGAUGGGAACGAAGAGUCAGAUUUCGAAAUUGAUGGAGAGGGAAACGUAGAGUUGAAGGAAAAGUUAUCCUUAUACACCAUCUUCACAUUUUUACUGGCCAUCUCCUGUUUUUAUCUUGGAUACUACUACCAGAAGAUCUUCUCGUUUAAACAAAUUUCAACGUCCACGUCGACCUUGAAACCUUUCGAGAUUCACGCAACGCCAACUUCGACGACCACGUUCUUUGAAAAUUCGACGCUGGUGAAGGAAACGAAGGAAGAAAAAUAUGAAGAAACGGAACAGGAGGAAAAUGACUCGUUCGAGGGAAUCGUCGAUCUUGAAACGAUAGAAAUUUCUCAAUUCACCAAAUACGAUUCGGAAUUAGAUUUGGACUCGAUUGUCCAUAGGACACUCUCGGAUAGCUUGAGAACUAUAGACGAGGAUAGUUUGAAAAAAACUGAAAACGACGUUGGAGAAUCUGUGUCGCUAAGAGAACGAAUUUUAGAAAACACAGAAUUGCAAGAAGAAGCAGCGGAAAUUAAUUCUGAGAAUGUCCGAGUGCGUUCAAACUCGCAAAUACACUCGGCUUCCCAAUCGACUGACACGAUUAGGAGUGCCAGCAUUAGGAAGCUCGAUAUUCGUACGAGUGAACCUCUGUUCAUCGUUGAACCGAAUAAACUUAAAGAAGAUUUGUUAGAAUUGCGCCUGGCGGAAGAAGAAAUCGAGACCUUCAGAUACAGAGAAGACGAUGACUCCGAUUCAUCAAAAUCUCUACCAACGCGUGAUGAUGAAACCAAAUUACUCAACGAGGCACAGGUGAAUCUAUAUGCAAAGGUAAUAAUAGAAGAAAAAGAAGAAAUGUUAAAUGCGGAAGAACUUCGAACGAGCAGCUGUGGAACAAAGUCGAAAACAUCCACUUCCAAAAUUCAGAAAGAAGAUUGCGAGCAGUCGAGCAAGGAGAAAGAAGAAAAGGAAGAACGCUCUGUGGUUGAUCAAACAGAUGCCGAAGGGAUCAUUUUUUCGAAACAAGAGGUCGAGAAAAGUAAGGCGUCUACGGAACAAAACGAGUCCUCGAGUUCGCCUCAAAUUUUGGAAACGACCGACAGUUUCGAUUCCGCGUACACGAGAGCUUCCGAAACGUCGAGGAACGCCACCUCCGCGGUAGAUCUCAACGAUUCCUCGAUGGAAGAGUUCGUAAUCGCUUCGAACGAAUCGAUUAUAUCGGACAAAGCGAGCGAAUGCAGUUGA